AUGAUAACCCUGACGGAGCUGCUGUCUGAAGAGGACAACGCGUCCCUGUCUGCAACACUACCCAUGCUGGCAAACUUAAAGAAACGUCACCUGACCAUCACGGAUAAUGACAGCCCCAUUACCAAAAAAAUGAAAAGCAAGCUGGUCGAAGAAAUUGACCGCAGGUGGGAGUUUAAAACCCGAAUGAUGAGUGUAUACAUUAAAGCUGCAGUAGUAGACCCUCGUUUUAAGCAGCUGUCUUUUCUGGAUGAUGCCAAACGAGACGAGGCCUAUACAGAAGUCGCACAGCUGGCAGACCGACUGAGUGCAGCCACAGGUGAACCUGGAGGUGAACCUGGAGGCAGGAUUUACUGUCAACAGAUCAAGAAGCUGUCUCCUCCCAGAGGACGUGGUCUGGACGAGGACGCCCGCUGGCUGGACUGGGUCACCAAACAGUUCGAGAGCAUCGCCGGGGACGACAAGGAGAUCGACCUGGACGAGUUCAAGACGGCUCUGAAGGUCAAAGAGUCGUUCUUCGCCGAGCGUUUCUUCGCGCUGUUCGACUCCGACGGCAGCAGCUCCAUCAGUCUGGACGAGCUGCUGAAAGCUCUGGACCUCCUGAUCCACGGCAGCGAGACGGACAAGCUCAAGUUCCUGUUCCAGGUCUACGACGUGGACGGCAGCGGGUCCAUCGAUCCAGAUGAACUGAGGACGGUUCUGAAGUCGUGUCUGCGUGAGAGCGCCAUCUCUCUGCCGGAGGAGAAGCUGGACGACUUGACGCUGGCGCUGUUCGAGUCGGCCGACAAAGACAACAGCGGCUCCAUCACGUUCGAGGAGCUGAAGGCUGAGCUGGAGAACUUCCCCGAGGUGAUGGAGAACCUCACCAUCAGCGCUGCUAACUGGCUGAAGCCUCCUAACGAGGAGGAGCAGAAGAGUCGUGGUGCUCCUCGUUACCUGACCAGAGCGUACUGGUUGAACAACAGCAGGAAGCUACUCUUCCUCUGCCUCUACUUCCUCCUCAGUCUGCUCCUCUUCAUCGGGGCCAUGCUGCAGCACAGGGAGGGGGGGGGCUGGUUCAUGGUGGCAAAGGGCUGUGGACAGUGUCUCAACUUCAACUGCACCUUCAUCAUGGUGCUGAUGCUGCGUCGCUUCCUCACCUGGCUGAGGGCCACCUGGGUGGUGAGGCUCCUCCCUCUGGACCAGAACAUCCUGCUGCACCAGGUGGUCGGCUACUCCAUCCUCUGCUACACGCUGGUCCACACCGCCGCCCACGUCUGCAACUUUGUGCGGCUGUCAGAGAGUGGAGAGUACCGUCUGUGGGAGUACCUGCUGACCACAAGGCCGGGGAUAGGCUGGGUGGGGGGGUCGGCCUCUCUGACGGGGGUCAUCCUCCAGCUGAUGAUCGGCCUCAUGGUGCUCUGCUCCAGCACCUUCGUCCGACGCAGCGGACACUUUGAGGUGUUCUACUGGUCUCACCUGUCCUAUGUGUGGGUCUGGUCUCUGCUGAUGGUCCACUGUGCGAACUUCUGGAAGUGGUUUGUGUUUCCUGGUCUGCUCUUCCUGCUGGAGAAGAUCGUGGGACUCGCAGUGUCUCGUAUGGGAGGUCUUUACAUCGUGGAGGUCAACCUGCUGCCCUCCAAGGUCACUCACCUGGUGAUCAAACGACCUCAGUUCUUCCAAUUCAAACCUGGAGAUUACGUUUACAUCAACAUCCCGACCAUCGCCAAGUACGAGUGGCACCCGUUCACCAUCAGCAGCGCUCCGGAGCAGUCAGAGAGUCUGUGGCUUCACAUCCGCUCGAUGGGUCAGUGGACCAACCGACUGUACGAGUACUUCAGAGAACCGGAGAGUCAGGAGCUCAGUACCAAGAGACUAGGAGCCAGCCUGAAGACCAGGAGACAGAUGAUGAAGGCCCAGGAGGAGUUGUUCAGCUCCACAAACUGUAACGGAGACGUAGCCUCCAACGAGGACGACUCCAUCGAGCUGAUGAUGUACCGUCAGAACGGAUCCCGGCCCGACGCGGCCCAGGUCCAGCCCCCGACGGGCUGGAGCCGGCAGAGAGAGGAGAGGCCCCCGCUCAGAGAGGUUUCUGCCAAGUUUGCUGAGAAUCACAGAUUCUGUAACAUCAAGUGCUACGUAGACGGACCGUACGGGACUCCCACCAGACAGAUCUUCGCCUCGGAGCAUGCGGUCCUGAUCGGGGCCGGUAUCGGGAUCACACCGUUUGCCUCCAUCCUGCAGAGCAUCAUGUACCGGUACCGCAUGAGGAAGCAGAACUGUCCCAGCUGUAACUACUCGUGGUGUGAGAACAUCAAAGACAGCGAGAUGAAGCUACGCAAAGUGGACUUCAUCUGGAUCAACAGAGACCAGAAGUCCUUUGAGUGGUUUGUUAGUUUACUGACUAAACUGGAGAUGGACCAGGCUGAUGAGGAGCCUGAAGGCCGCUUCCUGGAGAUGCACAUGUACAUGACGUCAGCUCUCAGCAAGAACGACAUGAAGGCCAUCGGCCUGCAGAUGGCGCUGGACCUGCUGGCCAAGAAGGAGAAGAAGGACUCGAUCACCGGACUGAGGACCAGAACCCAACCGGGUCGGCCCGAGUGGGCGAAGGUGUUUCAGAAGGUGUCUGAGGAGAAUAAAGGGAAGGUCCACGUGUUCUACUGCGGCGCUACCGCUCUAGCUAAAGUCAUCAAAGCUCAGUGUGAACACUUCAGCUUCAACUUCUACAAGGAGAACUUCUGA